AUGGAUCAAAGAGGCAAAUCCAAAGAGGUUCCCCGAAACGUACCGUCGAUGGAGAAGCCUGAUCUCCCUCAUCGAAUGUUCGCCACCGGUCAUGAGCUUGUUGGGAUUCAGGUGACCGCAUAUCAUCCAACUGGUGGGAUUCGUUCAAUUCUUAAUGCUCUGGAACAAGAUGAAGUUAACUGCUCUUCUUCGUCUGACUCUGAAGCGGGAGAUGAUGACGAUACAGAGGAUGAUAAAGAGUCUCCGACAACCAAAAUUAGUCUGAGUCCUGGGCAUGCUAGAAAUGUACAUGUCGCUGCUGAGGCAUCUGUGGAUUGCAUCAUUACUGAUGAUGGCGAAAAUGAGAUUCCAGACAGUACCUAUGUUUGGCCUGAAGAUGUACAAGUUGAGAACAUGGUGAAACUUAUUAACGAAGAAAGUGUAUUUCACAGUGAAAUGUUUGUUGGUGGAGCGACAAAAGCGGAUGUGAUUCGGAUGCGUAAGGAAGAGGAGGAAAAUAAUGCUAAAGCCAAACAAAGAAAAGCUGGUGCUAGUGUGGAAGAAGGCAAUGCUGACACUGAUGGAAAUGGAUGUUUUGAUAUUAACUCUUGCAUUCAACAAAUUGAAGUUUUGAAAAGCAAGCUUGAUUUGCUGGAGAUGGACAUUACUGAUGGACUUGAUAAGGAGUUUGACCAGAUGCUUAGCAUUAUGAAAGAGCAUAUAUCAAAUGUCGGGACGAAUUUGUGUCAGAAGGGAACGAGUGUUGGCGGUCUUAGUUGUGAGGCGGCGGUGUUACAUACCAGUAAAACUUGUGUCUCACCCAAUGCCAAUAAAGUUGGGGAUAAUCCUGUUCCAGGGUUAGGUAAACAAGCAGAUGAGGUUGACCGAGUUAUCAACUCUGUCAUGGAAGAAAUCCACAACAACAUUCCUGAUUUUAGCACGGCUACAGAGGAUACGGAAGGGGAUGACAUUGGUGUUGCUGACGUGUCACUAGAUGAUGGAGAAGGUGGUGGCAUGGAUGUUGAUUGUAAUGGGGAGAUGGGUACCGCUUUAGAAUGUGGGCCUGUUGUAAAUGGAAUCUAUGAAACCCUUUUACUGUGUCCCAUUCCUUCAUUCUCCCUUGGAUUAUCACAGGGAGAUGCUGAUUGUGAAACAGAGGUUGUUGAGCCAUCAGUUCCUGAUAUUGGUGGCAUUUGCCGUAAGAGCAAAAGGCAGAAGACUGUUGCGCUGUCCUUGGUUGAUGAUUAUCAGUGUGACAUGCGCAUUGUACAUCAAGCUAGGGAAGCUCAUAUGUCUGUGUAUGGUGAUGUUGUUGGCGGAGAUUACUGCCAAAAGUUUGGUACUCUGGAGAAGGUUACACGUAAUUUCACCAUCUCUGUACACGGUGUUUUCAUAUCAGCUAAAGAAAUCCUGGAGGUUGCUGAGAGGACAAAGAACAUGCCUACGAAGAUGGUUGAUGUUUUGAUGCACCACACUCGGUCUUUACAUAACAAACAAGCACUUGUUUCUAAGAAAGUUGAGUUUCUGGACACCAAAUUUGUCUCUCAGUUGUCCAAAAAUUACUCUAAGUUUGCAGCUGCUGUGAAAAAAGAAGAGUUUAAGUUUUCCAAGUCCCUCACUCAAAUGUUCUGCCAAGACAAAGCAAACAGCUAUGGUGCUGAACAAUUCUACUUCCCAUUCAACUUCGACAAGCAACAUUGGGUUGGAGUAUGUGUUGGUUAUAAUUCUUCCGUUGUCUAUGUUUUGGAUUGUAACAUCAGUCUCCGAGGGGACGCUGCCCUGUUGAAGGAUUUGAAUCCCUUGGCACAGAUGUUCCCCUUCUUGUUAAAGCAAGCUGGUCGGAACCUAGGUAGUAGGGAAUGCAAGCCAUUCACGGUGGAGAGAGCCAAAGGAAUACCUCAGAAUGGCAUUCACUCCGACUCUGUUGUGACUUCCAUCUUGAUGAUGCAGGCCCAUGCAUUUGCAGAUUUAGCAGUGUGCAGAUGCAUUACUCCGGCUGUUCUGCCAAUGGAGGCGCAGAGGUUAGCUAUCAUGCUGUAUGAGGAAAACUAUGAGCGGUUGUAG